AUACGGCAAUCCCCAGUAGCACCCUGGUACACAGACCAGGCCAGAACGUCACACCGGGUGGCACUGGCGGCAGGUGUAACGUGGCCGUUAUCCUCCGCGUCUCCACGUCACACACGGCCACGCCGUGUCACGUGCUAACCAACCGUCACGCGACUCGUCGAAUACACUUUCACCUGGAACACUCGAUUUAUCCCGAAAUCGGCCACGAUCACUGUUGUCCGUUCUCCAUUCAGGAUUCCUUGGAUGGUCUAGUUCGGUUUUGCUUGGCUUGGUCUGGCCUGGUUUCGCUCAAACUAAGAUUGAAUUGCCCGAGGCUUUGAGAUACGUUCAAGAUGUUUCUGUCUCUAAAAUCUGUGGUUCCUUUCCAACCUUUGUGACACGAUUGUGAAACGUGAUCGAACGUGAAAGAACGAUGGUCCUAUAGAUCGUUUGGCCAGUUGAUACACGAGUCUCGUGUAUGAGAAACUCGUGACUGGUUGGUGGGACGUCCAAGCAUUGUGGUUCCGAGUGAUAGCAGUUGGUUUACGACGCGAGUUGCAGACGUGUUUGGUGGAACGAUAUGUGAGGGAUGUUUGAUGAUCCUCGGGGGUCUGACUCGGGACUCCGUUUCGAGAAGUUGGCGAGGAACUGUAGGGAACAUUCGACGUCUAUUGGGAACUAUCGUAUGUUAUCAAAGACAAGAAUAUUUAAUAUUUAUUGGAUUAUUCUCUGGUACCAUAAGUAGCAGUACUAUAUAUUCUUCUAUGAAUGACUGAUUUCUCCAGUGAUUCCAGUCGACUAAACUAUGUUUACCAAAAAAUAGCAACUAUUAAAUGCUGUAAAUAAAAGGUAAGAAGACUCUCAUAAAAGAGACAAUUAUACAUAAACAAAAACAGAAGAGGAACUCAAGUUGCUAUUGAAUUUCAGCAACCAUAUCCAUCGAAAAUAGUUAAGCUAACGAAAGUAGUUAAGAGAGGAAUUGGUCAGACCUGAAUACAAGCUUAAACGGUUUUCAUCUUCCUUGAAAAGAAAUCUCAUCCCCUGCGAGGUUAAUCCCUCAUAAAGUGUACACGUGUUUGAGGGAAAUUGACGCAUGUGGAUAGAGCGGCGAUACAUGGGGUAGUUUUCGAGUGAUCGAGCCGAUUGGAUGAUAUUUUCGCGAGGUACGCAGGUCAGGGGAAAUUAAGUGGCGGACGAACGUGCGGCGAGGUGUUGGUUUCAGUCGGUCGGCGGACGUCGCAAGCCACGGUUCUCCAAGAAAAAAAGGAACGAGAGAUGUAGUGUGUGUAGGUGCGUGGUGGUGCGAUUUGUUUACUCGGAGGCGAGUGUUGACGGGAAGUGGCGGUGUUUGUCACGUUUCCGGAUGUGAAUGGAAACGGAACCCUAUCUCGUUUUGGACAACAGAUUAUCGCGAGCAUGAGGAACGGAUACGUUCGACGAAGACGAUCUGUUUGUGACACCCGAUCGAAAUAGCGAGUAAAAUUCCAAGAGAAACGAAGAUAGCAAAAGAAAAGGGGGAUUUAUCGUGCGUUUCCAACCUGUGAUUAAUCGUUGUGGCGUGUAAUUGGAUGUAUUCGAUGCCGGUCCAUGCGAGUAUCUUAUACCAGUUCGACGCAAACGUCGACAUGCUUCACGCCGAGAGUCGUGUCGAGUAGAUAGUGAAAGGACAUUUAAUUCCACGUCGUGGCACGUAGCAGAGUCGGUGCAGGACACUGUCGGUAGCGAAGGGAAAUCCACGGAUCUCGUGCCUAGCAUGUCUAGGGGAUGGACACUUAGAGAGCUUUAUGAAUCGUGCGCGACGCCGCGUCGUCGAUAAAGAUAAUCGGAAAGAGAAUACGAAAAAACCACGUAACCGGAUUACCGAUAACGAAUACAGGCUUCACAAUAAGGAUACGAUAAGGAAAGUUCCGAAAGAAGGUUUAACGUUACUUCAUAAAGCGAUCGGCGCUCGGUUUUAGCGAUUUAGAAACAGCCACGUCGAUUUCGGAAAGAACCACGACCAGCAUCGUGAAGCCAGGAGAAUUCUCAUGGAAACGGAAAAAAGGUAUUCAGGCUGGGCCAUGUUCUUCCCUCCUGUGUUCGAGGGAUGUUUUGAGUGCAAUUUAACUUGCACGGCCGAAAGAGAGGGUUAGAAAAGGAAGGUAGGAACAGGCGGAAGAGAAGCAGAAGUGGCUGGCUGGAUCUCAGCCGCGGGCCACGCGAGCUGCAACUACUCAAAGACGUUUUGCAUAACGAAGUUACGAAGCGAUUCGUUGGCGAAGAACGUUGCAUGGCCUACAAAAUAACUCGAGACUGGUCCCGCUGAUUGAAAGUACCUCUAGAACAUUGUAUCGCUUCCGGUGACGGCUGAGAAUUAAGCGGAGGUGAUCUCGGCGAGCGGUCGGCAGACCUUCGAGGCCGUGGCUGAAGUCGUGUUCGACGGUUAUGCUGCUGGCGUCGCUUCGAGUGGCCGCCAGCAAAUGCUGUCAUGCUCUUGCCAUGCCAGCCGGCGGCCAGGAAGAGGCCGCUGGUCACGAGGUCCUUGAGCAGAUCGAAAAGCUGCCUCGUGUUGAUUAUUAUCCUCGUGUUGAUCGGUCGCGAGGUAUCGCGAGCUGCCACGCAGAUCCGCUACGCUUCGCGCAUCGUCGAGACCAAGAGCGGACAGAUACGUGGGAUUCUUCAGGAUUUGAACAGCAGGCACUUAGAUCCCGUAGAAGUGUUCCGGGGUAUACCGUACGCGGCACCUCCCGUAGGAGAUUUACGUUUUCGACCACCGAUAUCACCGAUCCCCUGGGACGGCAUCAAACUGGCAGAUUCCUUCGGCGCGGUUUGCCCCCAGCACUUUCCGGACAUCAGCAAUGACACAGCUGCUUUGUUGCAAAUGCCUCUAGGCAGAUACCAACAGCUGAAACGUUUGUACAUGUUCCUGACCAACCAGAGCGAGGACUGCCUGUUUUUGAACCUGUACAUACCCGGCAGUGGGUCUCGAGGACUAGAAGCACCAUACGCUGUGAUGGUGUACGUUCACGGUGAAAGUUUCGAAUGGGGAACGGGAAACAUCUACGAUGGGUCCGUUUUGGCAAGCGCUGGACACGUCAUAGUAAUCACCCUUAAUUAUCGUCUUGGAAUAUUAGGUUUCUUGAGGACUCGUCCGUAUCCAGACAGAACGCCAGGAUCUGGUGGGAAUCUGGCCUUGAAGGAUAUCGCUAUGGGACUACGCUGGGUACGUGAAAAUAUCGCUGCUUUUGGAGGCGAUCCGACAAAAAUCACGUUGAUUGGACACGAUACUGGAGCUGCGCUGGUGAACCUUCUUCUACUUGCUCCUUAUGGCAAGGGCCUUUUUCAUCGAGUCGUGUUAUCGAGUGGCUCAGCGUUAAGCCCGUGGGCGUCUGUUCACGAUCCGAACGACUUACGAUCGAAAGUAGCAAAGCAAAUAGGAUGUUCCACCGAGGACGACGAAGAUAUUGCCAACUGUCUACGCGGCAUUCCUCUGCGUGAGCUCAUGGCCGUUGAACUGCCGGAAAUCCGAUUCGUGCCACGGAUCGGACCAGGCUUACCAGUGGACCAAAACAAUCCCGAUCCAGGGCUGGAUAUGGAACGAGCCAGCGACACGUUCAUCAAAGUACCUCUUAUCCUUGGUGUAUCCACUACGGAGUCGAAUUUAGAUUUUAACGCGAACGAUAUUCAAUACGGAUUCGAGGAGGAUCAUCGAAAUCGAAUUUUACGAACGUUCAUUAGGAACGCUUAUGUAUAUCAUUUGAACGAGAUUUUCUCCGCGGUGAGGAACGAGUAUACGGACUGGGACAAGCCUAUCCUUCAUCCUAUUAUUAUAAGGGAUUCGACGAUGGAGGCGUUGAGCGAUGGUCACACCGUAGCUCCACUCAUGAGGAUUGCCUUUUAUCACGCCAGAAGGGGAGCCAAAACGUUCUUCUACCACUUCAGCCAUCAAACCAAAGACAACAGCCUUUUGCAGCGUCUGGGCAGCAUUCGUGGCGAGGAUAUACCGUAUAUCUUCGGGUUGCCACUGGUGGCUGGAGGAGCUUUCUUUCCCCGGAAUUAUUCCCGACAGGAUCAGGGCGUCGCCGAGGCAGUUCUCACGUUUUUCACGAAUUUCGCGAAAACCGGCAAUCCGAACGAGCCACACAAAAUCGAAUCGGUGGAUUAUGGGACACCGAAGGAGAAAACGCGAUACCGUGGUCUCACGUGGGAACAAUACGAGACUGGUACUCAACAGUAUCUCACAAUUGCGAUGAAACCGAAAAUGAAGAGCCACUACCGUGGCCAUAAAAUGGCGGUUUGGCUAAAUCUGAUACCACAACUGCAUCGACCCGGAGACGACGAUGUCUCAAUGCGGCAUCAUCAUUUUCGAGAAAGAGGUGACCACUUUUAUGCAGGACCAGUUCGAGACGAGUGGUACACUCCUCUGCCGCUUGUAGCGACAACCAAGAUGAGCGCCUCAUCGACAACAGCGUGCAGCACAUCUACAGGUGACGACAGUAUUACCGAAGACAUUACUCCUAUUCUGGACGAUUCGGAAGACAACGCUGAACUUUUAGAAAGAUUAGAUUCUCAUAAUUACUACAGUACUACUACAGCCCUAGCAAUCACCGUAGGAGUCGGUUGCAUUUUAUUGGUGCUCAACAUGUUGAUAUUCGCUGGCAUUUACUAUCAGAGGGAUCGUGACAAAAAGAGAGCCGCCAUGGACUGCACGCCAAACGGCCAAGAAUCACUACCGAUGACUACCAGAUCGUCUAUGAAAGCUCCAGAAAGUCCUAGGCCAGCGCAAGAACCUCCGCCAUCGUAUACUACCCUUGCAAGAAGCCCUUCGAUCCAGGAACAUCAACAGAUUGCUCAGAGUCAAUCGACAGUUGUCGAUGAACAGCCUAAAAGUGAACAGAAACCUAGCCACGGGACCAGCAACGCCAUCCACAAGGAUCCCAUUCCUCCAAAACCUCCCACGAGAACGACCAGCUCCUUGAGUACUACUAGUGGUACCAAUACUAUUAAAAAACGUGUGCAAAUACAAGAGAUAUCCGUAUAGCAUUAGGGGUUGCCCCAAGAGGGCAACAUGAAAACCAAGAAGGUGACUUUCAUAGAUUUUGCAGCGACUGGCGAGUCUAAGUUUUGAAAAAGUUUACAGGGAUAUGGAUUAACAAGUGUCUGGUUAUGGCACGUAGCACAGAUUGGCAAAGAAAAUUAUCUGUUUGAGUUGCAGUGAGAUAUCGAUGAAGAGUGAAGACUAUUGGUGUUACUUUCAACAAUUGUUGGAGGAAACUCUAAAGAACAAUGAGUUCUAAAGCAACAUUCAAUUGUAUGUUAAGUAUUCUCUAAUUAUUCUGAUGUAUAAACAGCGAUAACUGCCAUAUGUCACCGAAAAGACAAAGUGCUUUAAAGGAAGACUUAGCAGACUACGAGUGUUCCUCUAUCAUGCACGUAAGACUUUAUGAGCAUUUUGAGUGUAUUUCUUUGCAGGAUACGGUGUGUUUCUUCUAUGGAAUGCUAUCAAAGUUGCAUUACAAAGCGAUUCAAAAUGAGUUCAUCAAAUUUCAACUAAUUUCUUGUCAAGAAAUACUUAGCUUGACUACAAGAACUGUAUUGUUACCUAAGAAUGAGACAUUUACGAAAUCAAGUGUCUAAGAAGCCGGUUUCGUUCUUCUACAAAUAUACUGUCGAAUAAUUAAAAUCUAACAGUUAUGUCUUUUCUUUUUAUUUGUUCUUUAUUUUACACUUAAAAAGUAAAGUAAAUUCUAAAGUAUGAUAUUUAUCUCACAUAUUGAAAUAGACAAAAUUUGAAAAAGGUCGUAUCUCUAAAAUUGUUUAAUUUGACAGUAUAUUUGACGAAGAAUAGAAUCGAUGAUAAAAAUCCAUGAGUCAACACUGUAACUGUUCACAAUCAGUGUUCUUUCAAGUGUUCUUCUCGUAGCUGACAUAAUGAUCAUGUAAUUAGAGUAACUCCUGGUAUAAAUGACGCUGGGCUCAUGAAAAAUUUCUAUUUGCGUUUGUGUAUACAACAUAAAAGCGGUUUCGCGUCUUUCCUAUUCCAGGUAUUGGAAACCGUGCACAAAAUCGCACAGAGAUAAUAAAUUAAAUAACGUCUAUGUAACACGAUCCGUAGAAAAUUGUAUGAGAGAAUGGUCGUCUGAAAUGAUUUCUAAAAUUUAAAUGAUGAUAAUUGUACUACGUAGUGUCACUGUGAUCAAUAUCAAUAUUUUUUAAAAAUCAAAAACAAUAUUUAUAGAUAAAAAUCAUUAUGUUAGUUUCAUUUGUCGUUGAAAAUUAUUCGUCUUUGUUUAUUAAAGGAAUUAUUAUUUAUUUCUGUUUUUUAUUUGUACUAUGAAUAUACAUAUUCUACUUUAUUAUGUGACAUAUAAAUAGUAUAAAGCGGAAGUUGAAGAACUCUGUCAAUUUUGCGUUGCCUCCUCGUUAUCUUGAUAUCAUCGCUCACUAUUUAAAAUAAUUUAAAGAGAAAAAGAGAAACAAAACCUAAAAAAAUGUAUAUUUAAGCACUCGAUACUGAAAGAGAUCAGUUCUCGUAUUCGCAUUAGAGUCUCAUGCGAAUGUUGUGUGAAAGUUCUGUUAAAGUAAACAAAAGGAAAUUACAUGUUUAAUGGUUCAAUUUGAGUGGAACUCGCACUGCACUUGCGGAAGUAUCGAUGGUUCUCUAGUGACAACAUGUGCUCAAAACGUAAUCAUAAAGUGGAACACAAUUUCCUUUAAAUUAAAUAUUAUCUACACCUCUUCGACCAAGUAAUCUAAGGCGAGAUUACGCCCACGUUUAUGCAAAUAUCAUUCGUCUUUAUAGGAUUUUUUAAGCUGAAUCUGAUGUCUGUGUUAUACAUACAUUAAAAAUUAACGAAGAAAUUGGACUUAUAAGGCUCGGUGUAAAUUAUAAUGUUAUAAAGGGAUUUAUCUUUUUUCAGGUACUUUAAGUCUCUAUCCAUUUGCAUAAUUUUAAUUACUGUACGUUAUAACACGCAUGUUUUAACAUUAUUUCUUAACUAAAUUAAAAGCAAAGCUUAUUUCAUCAUAAUUUUCGUACAAACAGAUACUCAUGGUCAUGGUUCUUCCAUUAGUUGGUAAAAUUAAAUGUUGCUGAUACUAUAUAUGUACAUACAUUUCAUUUUAAAGAUACUAUUAAUUUCUUAUAAAUUUGUUCCCUGACAUACUUCGUAAUCCAGACUGAUUAUCAAAAACAUAUUACAUAAUACAAUCAUUCUACUAAGAGACAAGUUUUUCUCCGGAAGAAGAAAAGCAUUACGAAUAACAGCAAACGACAUUUCAAUCGUCAUGUAAAAAGAUAAAAACACCUGUUUAAUAUAGUCGAAUUUAUCUAAUCGAUUGUACGCAUUUUCUGAGGCACAUGAAGUAAUGAAAGCGUAUUGGUAUGAUUAAGGACAUAACGUUGUACUUUAGAUAGCAAUCAUACUAUGCACGGUGUCGCGUAAUUGUACUAUCGAUUUCGAUUAUUUUCAAUACACCGUUUCACAAAGAAAAGAUUAGAAAAGGAAUACUCAUCAAGUAUUGUUUGCGAAUGGUAUGAAUCAUCAGCACAUUGUGACUAUUCGUUAAAUUGUGUGAACGGGAUUAUUGAACAAAUAACAGUGAAAUUUAAGUAGCAGAAUAGACGAAACAUCUUUGUAAAUUUCACUGUAAAACAAUAAAAUGCUGAUUUCUAAAUAAA